AGGCAGAAUCAGUCACAGUUAUUGCGUACCCGCUGGUGGAUCGUAAAAGCGAGCGCAACGCCUUCUAUUGUUGGGCAAAACACGAAAGAAUCGAAAGAUAGUGAAAGUGUGCAUAAUUGAAAAUUGAAAGAACAAAACAUUAAACAAAACUGAAAUGAGAAAUCUAAUUUACGUGUUUGCAGCAGCAUUGUUAUGCCUCUGCGCUACCUCGGUACAGGGCGAUUUACUCGAUUGCAAUGAGAAAAUCAUACCCUCGCUAUCGGAUUUACCGAUUAUUGGACCGAAAGUGAGCAGCGCUGAGGAAAGCUCUGAGCAUCAGGUGCGCGAUUUCUUCAAAAAUGUCGGUUGCCAAAUUAAAAAGGGCGCCGAAAAGGUUUCUGAGCAGGCAAAGAAAAUUGGUACCGAGCUAAAGGAGGGCGCCAAAAAGUUUGGCGAGAAGGCCAAGGAUCUGGGUUCAGAUAUAAAAGAUAAACUUGGCGAUAUUAAGGAUAAAUUCUCAAAGGAUUCUUCGGAGGAACUUACAGCCCAUAAGCUACUUAAUGUGGAACUGAUUAAUCCGGAUAUACUCAAAGCUGAGCAACAAUGCGGCCAUGGGCAUAUUUUGGACGCUUUGGGCAACUGCAGUAAAUUGAGAAAGUGAGAAGUGAGAACAUAAGCAUAUUAUUGACUCUAAGGCAGUGAUGAUUAAUCCCAAAGAAUUAUAAAAUUUAGAGCAUUACCAAAAUACAUGUUUGUAGUUUAAAAUAUAUGUAGUUUAAAGAAGUUCCAUAAAACUGCAACAAAUACAUAUGUUUAAUAAGUAUUCUGAGUCACAGAAAUAUUUGCCAACAUUUGCCUAUAAUGCUGGAGAUUUUUAGUAUCAGAUGUUAGAUUAUUGUUAGUGAAGUUAAUAUUGCUUAAAAAUAUAUGUUUGUAUAUACAUAUGUCUAGUGUAAGAUCUGUAUGUUUAGUAUGUAUUUCAUUUUGGUAUACUGAGAACAGGCAAUGUUAUCAGCGUAAACAACGUGUAUAACAUACUCAAACCAAAUAAAGAAAAAAAAAUCAGAGAGCAUUAAAA